AUGGUUGAUUUUAGAAAAUUCAUGCAAAUUGUAAUGCGUAAAUUUAAUGAUAAAUUGAAUGUUUCAGCAUCUGCUGCUAUGUUAAUUGCUGCUUUUUAUUUAUAUAAAGCCAAAACAAAACCAACAUUACCACUUGUGAAAAUCAGUAAUUUUAUAUUAGUGUUACAAAAGAAAUUGGUUGAAGAAGUCAUUUAUGAUGGAACUCACAUUUUAUUCAGAUGCGUCAAUUAAGCCUAAUGGCUAUCGACUUAAGCUGAACCUAUGAUAAAGGGAAAGGAAUUAUUGAAGGCAUUAAUGUAAGAAUCACUCUUAUAAAUUUAAGGGAAUAUGGUGUUCCAAGAUUUUAAAAUUCCACUUAAAUUUAUUACUCUGAGAAACAAAUGAUGUAUUUAAUAAUGAGUAUUGCAGCCAUAUCAUAUACCUUUGGCAUUAUUGCAACUAAUUUCAUCAAUUCUAACAAAAUUUCUAAUACAUCUUUGCUUGCUUAAUCAACAGGAGUUAAAUUUGCAAAUAUUUAUGGAUUAGAUCAUGCUAAAAAAUAACUUUAAUAAAUCAUUGAAUAUUUAUAAGAUCCAUUGAAAUAUAGAAAUGUUGGUGCUAGAUUAAGAAGAGGAGUUAUGAUUUAUGGUCCUCCAGGUACAGGUAAAACAAUGUUAGCUAAGGCUACUGCAACUGAAAGCAAUGUUUAAUUUUUAUAUUGUUCAGCAACAGAAUUUAUAGAGAUCUAUGUAGGAACUGGUCCUAAAAGAGUAAGAGAAUUGUUUAAAAAAGCAAGAGAAUUAGCUCCAGCAAUUAUUUUUAUUGAUGAAAUUGAUAGUAUUGCAUAUAAAAGGAAAAACCAAAAUUUUGGAGCAGAAACUGGAGGUGAUAAUGAAAGGGUAAGUACUUUAAAUUAAUUACUUACAGAAUUGGAUGGUUUUAAAGAGAAUGAAAAUAUUGUUGUUAUUGCAGCAACCAACAGAAUUUAAAUCUUAGAUGAAGCUCUUCUGAGAAGUGGUAGAUUCGAUAUCAAAAUAGAGAUAAAAUUACCAUCAGAAAAGGACAGGAAAGGUAUCAUUGGUGUUCAUUUACAUAAUGUAACCUAUUUAUUAAUGAUUUCAUAGAAAAAACAUUAAAUUUCUUCUGGAAUGAUUGAAUUAGUAGCCAAAAAUGCAAAUGGAUUUUCAGGAGCUGAUAUGGAAAAUAUUACAAAUGAAAGUGCAUAUAUAGCCAUAGAAAAACAAUAAGAGUAUAUUAUAGAUGCAGAUAUCUAAGAAGCCUUAAAAAAGAUCACAUUAGAGAAAUAACAUAUGAGAGAUUAAUGA